AUGGGCUCCUCAAGUGUAUUCGCAAAGACCAUUCUCAUUCCCGCUGCAAUCGCAUUAACAAUCUACAUCCUCGCAUCAUGCGUCAUCAUCCCCUUCUUCCGCCGCUACCACCAGCGCUACUCCCAAUACCUCCCAUUGCACAGCAUAUCCGCACACACGCUCUCGCUACGCGACCGCGUCGCCGAUACCGUGAUGAACUUCUUCCUUCGGUCGACGUGGCGACGCAACGCGGACGUGGCAGACAAUGACAACAUCAGCAUUGACGAGCAAGAAGGCGAAGCAUUGGUAGGGAUGGACAUGAACGCUGUCCGGGGCGUCUUGGGGCGGAGACCGGAUGUGGGGACGGAGCGGCUGGGGAGGGAUUUAGAGGAGGGUUUCAUGGAUGAUAGCGACAGUGAAGGGCAUGCUUAA